ACUAUCCACAGCGGAUAUUUCCUCCUGCUUCUCUUGCAAAACGAGUUUUUAAGUCCCAGCACAGACCACGUGAAUUUCCUGUUUUGAAGACAAACUCAUGCACUGAACUGCACCAUCAUCAGAAUCUCGGGACGAUGACUCAGUAGGCUCAGAUCGGUGGACUUCGGUGGCUGCAUCCUGGUGUGAUUCGCUCUCCUCCACAGGGGCAGCGCAGUCUCAGCUUCCUCGUCCUCUCGCACCGCGCAGUGUGUCUUUAAAAGGUUGAACCCGCGUGUCCACAGACCGUGAGCCCCGGACUGCUUCCCCCUGCUCGGCUCAGCUGUGUGUACCUGUCCGCAGUGACAUGGCAUAGCGGCUGUGAUCAGCGGCAGCAGCAGCAGGAGCCUCAUCCUGCACCAUGGACGCGCAACGACAGCUGAGGCGCAGCGCAGCCUGCGUGGCAAUGGACGCGAUGGUGCCCGCCUGGAUCUUACUGAACACGGUGUCCGGACUGAAUGCGCAGGGCGACGGAAUGGAAGAGCUCACCACCGAGAAGGAGGCUGAGGAAAGUCACCGACAGGACAGCGUCAAUUUGCUGACAUUCAUUCUGCUGCUGACCUUAACCAUCCUCACCAUAUGGCUCUUCAAGCACAGACGGGUCCGAUUCCUCCACGAAACCGGGCUGGCAAUGAUUUACGGUUUGCUGGUUGGUGUCAUUCUGCGAUACGGCAUCCCUGCCACCAGCUACCACAACAAGACGCCCCCGAGCUGCUCUAUGAAGGAAGGACCUGCUAGCACACUGCUGCUUAAUGUCAGCGGAAAGUUCUUUGAGUACACCCUCAAAGGGGAGAUCAACUCCCGAGAGAUUCACAAUGUGGAGCAGAAUGAUAUGCUGCGCAAGGUGACAUUUGACCCUGAAGUAUUUUUCAACAUUCUGCUGCCCCCUAUCAUUUUCCAUGCUGGCUACAGUCUAAAGAAGAGACAUUUCUUCAGGAACCUGGGCUCCAUCAUAACAUAUGCGUUUCUUGGCACCGCCAUCUCCUGUUUUGUUAUUGGGAAUCUGAUGUACGGUGUGGUCAAACUAAUGCAAGUGGUCGGACAGCUGACUGAAAAGUUCUACUACACGGACUGCCUUUUCUUUGGUGCUAUCCUCUCUGCCACAGACCCAGUGACGGUGUUGGCCAUUUUCAACGAGCUCCAUGCCGACGGGGAUCUCUACGCCCUGCUGUUUGGAGAAAGCGUCAUGAAUGAUGCAGUUGCAAUCGUGCUUUCCUCGUCUAUUGUGGCUUACCAGCCCAGCGGAGCAAACACACACAUGUUUGAUGCCUCAGCCUUUUUCAAGUCAGUGGGGGUUUUCCUGGGUAUAUUCAGCGGUUCCUUUAUAAUGGGUGCAGCUACUGGAGUUGUCACUGCUCUCGUCACCAAGUUCACAAAGCUGCACUGCUUUCCACUGCUGGAGACGGCCCUCUUCUUCCUCAUGUCCUGGAGUACCUUCCUGCUAGCCGAGGCCUGCGGGUUCACAGGUGUCGUGGCCGUGCUCUUCUGUGGAAUCACACAGGCUCACUACACGUACAACAACCUCUCCGAAGAGUCCACGAAGAGAACCAAGCAGCUCUUUGAGGUCCUUCACUUCCUCGCUGAGAAUUUCAUAUUCUCCUACAUGGGCUUGGCUCUGUUCACGUUCCAGAACCACGUCUUCAACCCCAUUUUCAUUAUCGGGGCUUUUAUUGCCAUAUUCAUUGGAAGAGCCUUCAACAUUUACCCACUCUCCUUCUUCCUCAACCUCGGUCGAAGGCACAAGAUCAAGGGAAACUUCCAGAACAUGAUGAUGUUUGCAGGUCUGCGAGGUGCAAUGGCAUUUGCUUUGGCUAUCCGGGAUACUGCCACCUACGCCCGGCAGAUGAUGUUCACCACCACCUUGCUCAUCGUCUUCUUCACUGUGUGGGUGUUUGGUGGUGGAACCACGCCCAUGUUGUCCUGGCUACAUAUCAGAGUCGGUGUGGACCCAGAUCAAGACCUGCAGCCCUGUGGAGACAGCUUCCAGGUCCUGCAGGGGGAUGGCACUCCGGGUGAAGGACAGAGUAAAACCAAACAGGAGAGUGCUUGGCUCUUCAGACUGUGGUACUCCUUCGACCACAAUUACCUGAUGCCCAUCCUGACACAUAGCGGCCCACCUCUCACCUCCACCCUGCCCGGCUACUGUGGGCCGCUGGCCAGCUGUCUCACCAGCCAACAGGCAUACGAGAACCACGAGCAGCUGAGGGACCAGGACUCUGACCUCAUUCGUAGCGAUGGUGACCUGACCUACACAUUUGGUGACACUGCGAUCACAGCCAAUGGUGCGUCUGGCGGUGGGGGGGAGGGAGCUGCAGGGUCAGGCUGGAGCGUUAAUGGAAAACGGAGCGGCAGCACCUCAGAGGAGGCACUGGAGCGUGAGCUGGACUCCCGCGAGCAGGAGCUGCUGAGCCGCGGCACACGCCUGGUUUUCCCGAUCGAGGAUCAUGUCUGACUUUCCCUUCCUCCCAGCCUGCGCUGUCGACUUCCCUGACCUGACCCCCAGACCGCCUCGCCCUCCUCUCUCUCCGUAUCCUGCGGGCAGAGCGUCCAGUCCUUCAGAGAUAAGACAGAGUGGAGAUAUGGGACCAGACAGGAGGGGAGGUUUCAGAGCGACUGAGCUCCCUCCAGGCCCGGAAGUAGAGUUCAAGGAUCAUUUCAUCCUCAUUACAGAGAUGGCGAUUAUUCUCAAGGAGGCUUGUGUCCUCAAGAUCCUCUAACAGAGUUACUGUGAUUCACUUCUACUGAUAUUGUCCUCUGCAUAACCAGGGGAGAAACCCUUAUGCAGGAUGUGGGGAUGAAAUGCAAGAUUGAAUCUGCACUUGUGAAAUUUUGUGUUUUUCGGCAGGAACGGAAAAGAGGUAGAAAAAUUCAUUAUUGCCUGAUAGCAUGUCGUCAUAUGAUCCAACAAGUUUGAUUUCGCAGUACAUCAGUCUGUGACUGCGAAAUUCAAAGUGACUCCUUCACACACACUGACGUGUAUACAGAGAUUGCUGUAAAAGAGGCCAAACAAACCGACAGUGAACAGUUCCCAGAUUGAACCGGAGGUCUGUGGUAGAUGCAUUUCAUUGAUAUUGAUCCCAUGUUGCCAACAGACCAUGUGUCUGGUAUGUUUGUCAAGAUUUCCUUUGUGUCACACAAAAGCAUCUGUGUGGAGGCAGUGUGGCAUGUGAGGAGGAGCACAGAAAGGGGCAGUUGUGUUGUGCCCUGGUUGUGUUGCCCUCUCAGUCACCGCAGCCCUGUCUUGGGUGAAAUAAGAGGGGUGAAGAAUGUGUGCAUGUAAAUAGCUACAAUGCUGAGCUUUGUUCCAUUUUAAUCGGGACGGCUCCUUUCAGUGCAUUACAUCACAUGACUGUUACCAAUCGCUCUGUAUAUCUUGUCUUUGAGUUGACUUGGAUCUUUUUUUUUUGUGAAGAAGGAAUGCUGAUUUCCCCCCAACUGUAAAAACUGAUAAAAAAUAAUAACACAGUUAAAGAGUAUUUUCAAUACAAAAAUAAAGCAGACAUUCAUCAUAAUUUUGUAACUCUUUUGCAAAAAUUAUAUGUGUCUGCUGAUUUUUAAAAGAUAUAUUCAGUAAAAUAGGACUGCAAAUCAUUUUCAUUGACUAUUAAUCAUAUUUGCGAUUAACCAAUUAGCGAUGUGGUCAAUGAUGGGAAGUAACCCAGUAACUGUACUCAAGCACUGUACUGCUGUCCAGUUUUGAGCUACUGGGGGAGGCAAGUAUUUCUAUUUUAUGCUACUUCCACUCAACUACAUUUCAGAGGAAUAUAUUGUUCUCUUUCUCCACUACAUUUAUUGGACAGAUUUACUUACUACACUUUUAUGUGAAGAUUUUAAAGAACUUAUGAUAUAGCAAGCUUUUAAAAUAUAACAGCUUAUUCAUGACUUAACCAGCUGUUUCCUCUUAGGUUUCUGACGUCUUGCACAUCUGGUCUCUGCGGCACCAAAUGAUUUGUGUUUUCAUUUAAAUGAAUGAUCGAAUAAUCCAAAUUAAUAAUUUCAGCAAUAAUCAAAGAAUAGAGAAAGAAUCUGAAAACUGAAAUUGACCCUGUUCAUACAACUGCAGUUCAAACCUGCAGCAGUAACUGGCUGCUUACUCACUGAUGCUCCAGUAUUAAUCAUCUACCGAUGUCAUAUGUAAUAAUAUAUCAGCUAAAAGGAACAGAUCAGUCAUUUUAUUUUAAUAAAAUAAUAAAUAUUCCACCACUGGUUAAUCAAGUUCAUAGAAAGUAAAAUAAACAGUUAAAAGUCUAUCACAGAGCCAAAGGUGAUGUCAUUAAAUUGCUUGUUAUUCUAACAAAUGGUCUGAAUUUUCAUAUAACAAAAAACUGCUGUGAAGUCUCACACUGGAGAAGCUGGAACCAGUCAAUGUUUGGCAUUUUGCUUACAAAUUACUAAUAUUGUUUACUUUAACCAACUGACUAAUCAUUUGCUUCUUUUUUUUAAAUAACUGCACUUAUUCUGAAUGUUAAUGUGUAUAAUGUGGUAUGAUGAUGAUGAAGAUGAUGAUGAUGUGCUUGCACAGGUUCCAUGAAGCAGAAGAGCAUUUUAAUGCAGGGAAGUAGUUCUUCAAUCACUUUUCCUGUUAACAAGCUUCAACCUGUCAACUUUAUACUCAAUGUGUUUAAAACUGUAUAGACACGUUCAUUCAUAUUCAAAUUAAAAAACACUGAUGCCAAACUCUGACAACCAGAGAUUAGCUGAGGAAGUGCAUGCACAUGAUUUCACCCAGCAACACUGCACUCUUCACCUUCAUCAACUUUUUGUUGACUUAAAAACAAAAGUGUAUGUGGGCUUUUGCCCUUAUUAAGUAUAAAGCAUUGGCCAAUUAAUCUGGAAUGCUGUUGUUUAAAAAAAAAAGAAAGUCUCCUGUCUUGCCUGUUGUUUUUAAACCUCAGUUCCCAGGAGUCUGGUCAUAUAUAUAUAUAUAUAUAUAUUUAAACAUUAUAAAUUUCAAAUUCAUCUUCACCUCUUUAUUUAAUAAAAAUGUGAUAUCAUCUGAACCUAUUUUGGAUCUGAUUUGGUAAAGGCAAAAUGUAAAAUUUGACAUUGUAGGAAAACACAUAUAUGCUUUAAUGCCGUUUGAGAAAAGUAUUUUUUCUGACACACACAUAAGUAAAAUAAAUAUGAAGAUACAACUAGUAGCUGCCCUUUGUUACUCUGGCACAAAUGCUAAUUAUUUCCCUCUUGUGGUUGUAGCUUCAUGUUUAAUGCACUUCCCUAUUGGCUCUGAUGACCGGUAACCUGAACACCCAUGAACAUCGAUUGUUCUCUUCAGCAGUGAAAUCACAUGACCCUCCUGGUGUUUUUGAUUUCAUAUAUAAUAAACGCAGGAUGUCUCAACUCGAACAUGACGUAGGUUCACAGCAGGUGUGUUACAUGUUGCACAUAUAGUUUGACAUCAAUCUACCUGUGUCCUAGUUUUCAGCUAUACACAGCAGUUUUAAAUAAGAUAACUCUGUCACACAAAUGCACCAAAAGAGACACUGGACGAUUCUUCAGGAGACCACUGACCCUUAUUGUUUAGAUACAGCUUGAUUUGCAUAACUCCACAUACACUAUGAAAUAUUGUGUUGCCUUCACUAUGUCCAGACAUCCCGUCUGCUCCUCCUUUUGUUAAAUACACUCUAGCAACACACCGCCCUUUUUUUUGUUUUGUACUUCGCCUUCACACAGUGGCUGCUGCAUUUAUGCAUGAGUGCAAGAGGGCAGGUGUGAAAGGGGUGAUUGUGCGAGGUGAAGCUGAGGCUUUCACAGGGGGGAGAAGCCCCACACAAGUUUAAAUGGGUGACUGGAUGGGGGCCUCCAUGAGGAAACAAAUCUACUUAUGUAAGAGUCUGCCCCAGUAUGCCAUUUCAACUCUGCCUGGAGUGAGCAGUAAUGUGAAGCUCUGUCUUACAUCCUGUCACCGUCUGUUGAUUGGGAAACUUCUUUUGGAUUAAGGCCACUGAAACACUCACUUGUUGACCAUUUUGUCAUUGUUUAGGUUUAAUAACCUACAGCAGAUAUAACAUAUAUAAUAUAACUUUAAGACAUGGUUUUGGAUGCUUUCUAAAGGGGGCUCCGCACAUUUCCUGCUGUAUUGACUAACACAAGUGCAUAAAAAGACAGAAGAGGAACUCGCAUUUAGCCACAUGUUGGAAACUGGGGAACUUCUAUGGACAGCAACACCACAGACGACUUGAAUGACGGCCACAGGCAAACAAAUGAGCAGAGUUUGACUCUUCACUUCAAGCAGAGGACACUCUCUGUACUCUUAUAUAACCAUCAUGUGCCCUCUUUCUCUCUCUGUCUUUACCUCUCUGUCAGACUGUUGUGCUGUCAGUUGUCUCGCCGGCUAUAUUUUACAUGCUCUCUGUACCUGAGAAAUAUGAGAUGUAGCUCAAUUGUCAAUACGUGGACCUGUUAUUUCUUGUAGCAGCUGGCUGCCAGGAUCCAUCCGCCGUGGUUUGCAUGUCAACAAGUUAAUAAAAAUUGUCAAAUUA